AUCGGGAGUCUCCUGAGCUGCUGUGUUUGUUCGUGUUCAACUUUGUUAGCAGUUUAACGAAAUGUAGCGCUAGUUUUUUUACUUCUAAACUUGUAAACAUAACGCGUUAUUCACACCGAUGAAACCGUACGUUAUUUUAAGGAGAAGUGUUUUUUUUUUGUAUCCUCGCUGUGUAGCUGCUGUUGAUGAAGCUCCUGCACCAGUUCGCCUUGUUAAAGUAACAAUAAACUGAUUUAAAUCUCUUAUUAGAUUAUGAUACAAUGGGGAUUUGUUUGUGGAUGAUAGUUUUUCUUCUACACAACGCUAACAGAGCUCAAGGGUUAAAGUUUACCAAGAACCCAGCCAACCUCACCGUAACACAAGGUAACAUGUUCCGUCUUGGCUGCGCUGUUGAGGGCCUAAUCGAGCCAGAGAUCUUGUGGAUGAAGGAUGGGGAAAAACUGUACAGCAUGGACCAGAUGUACAUUACUAUCGAUACACAUCACUGGGAGACAUAUCACAGUGUAAAAUCAGUCCAGCAGCAGGAUGCUGGGAAAUACUGGUGUGAGGUUGAACAUCAUGGCACCGUCAUCUCCUCUGAGCCAGCCUGGAUCACAGUGGAAGGUGUUCCCCACUUUACAUUAGAGCCCCAGGAUAUUGCUACAUUUCCUGGUGCUUCCUUUAACCUUACUUGUGAAGCUGUUGGGCCUCCUGAGCCAGUGCAGUUGCUUUGGUGGCUGGGUGGAGUACAAGAAGGAGAUUUCAGGCCUUCCCCAUCUGUGCUCAUUGUAGAAGGUGUGAAUAAAAGCAUAAAAUUUUACUGUGAAGCCAAAAAUGCCAGAGGCAUUUCUGUCUCACGGACUGGCACUGUGUAUAUUAAAGUUCCUCCUGAUUGUCCUUCAAAUAUAAAAAUUGUCCAGAUGACAGACAAUGUGACCCUCAUAUGGAGUCCAGGGUUCACUGGUUAUUCUGACUUGUCCAGCUGCACCAUUCAGAUGUAUAAGAGCUCUGGGAGGAAGGUGACACUUCCUGAGCUGCAAGUUACAGUGCCUCCCUUCCAGCACACAGUUGGUGGACUCAGCAGUCACUCCAAUUAUAGCUUCAGAAUCCGCUGUGUUAAUGAGGUUGGGUCAUCCCCCUUUUCUCCUUGGGUGGACUUUCAGACUGCAGAAGCAGUGCCCUUAGCAGCACCCAAGAACCUAACCUUUCACUUGACAGAGCAGCAGCUGUCCCUGAACUGGGCAGCACUUGAAGAAGAAGAGCUGAAUGGACGACUGAUGGCCUAUAAGGUGCAAUGGAAUGUGGGAGGAGAGAGUCAGGAGCCAAUGCUAUUUAAGGAAAACUUUGCUCAUGUCUCUGGAGGUGCUCGCUUCUUCAAUGCCACUUUUCAAGUAUCUGCUUGUACAGUGGUAGGAUGUGGGCCCUUGAGCAAGCCAGUUCUCAUUAUGCCAGCUUCAGCUGUUCAGGCUCAGUCUCAAAGAGGGCACAUGUGGGUGGGUCUGCUCUUUGGACUGCUGGUGGCCACUGUUCUGGGACUUCUGCUAAUAGUCCUGGUACACCGCAGAAGCAAAGAAUCUCAGUUUGGAUCUGCAUUCAAGCCAUCAGGGAUGGAAUCUGUGGUGUCCUUCACUGCAGCAAGAUCCUUCAACAGGCAGGGCUUGGAGCUUCCAGAACACACAUUGGAUAGUUUGGGCAUCAACGAUGACUUGAAGACCAAACUGCAAGAUGUCCUCAUCCCAGAAAGGCUUCUCACCUUAGGGCACAUGCUAGGAAAAGGGGAGUUUGGCUCAGUGCGAGAGGCCUUUCUUAAGAUGGAGGACAGCUCUGUGCAGAAGGUGGCAGUGAAAGUACUGAAAACUGAUAUAAACUCUUCAAGUGAUAUAGAGCAGUGCCUCAAAGAGGCUGCCUACAUGAAGGAUUUUCAUCAUCCCAACGUCAUCCAGCUCAUAGGUGUGAGUCUACAUAGACGACCCCAGCAAAAGUUACCUAUCCCUAUGGUGAUCCUUCCCUUCAUGAAACAUGGUGAUCUGCAUACUUUCCUCCUUAUGUCCCGUCUGGGGGACGAACCCUUUACCCUUUCCCUACAAACACUUGUCCAGUUCAUGUUGGAUGUUGCUCGGGGAAUGGAAUAUCUUGGCAGCAAAAAUAUCAUCCAUAGGGAUUUAGCUGCUCGCAACUGCAUGUUGAAUGAGAACAUGACUGUAUGUGUAGCAGACUUUGGUCUUUCUAAGAAGAUCUACACUGGUGAUUAUUACAGGCAAGGGUCUGUCUCAAAGCUACCAGUGAAGUGGAUUGCACUGGAAAGUUUGGCUGACAACAUUUAUACAACACAAAGUGAUGUGUGGGCUUUUGGAGUGACCAUGUGGGAGAUUAUGGCUCGAGGACAGACUCCUUAUCCUGGGGUGGAGAACUCAGAAGUCUAUGAAUACCUCAUCAAAGGUGAAAGGCUCAAACAGCCACCUGACUCUCCAGAUGAGAUCUAUGAGAUCAUGCACAGCUGCUGGUCUCCUGUACCUAAGUGCCGUCCCAGUUUCCAACAACUGGUGGCUCAGUUAGAGGGUCUCUGUACUAAACUUUCUCCAGUGGCCACAAAGGAGCGAAUGCUUUAUGUGAACCUCAAAGAAGAUAACGGGGAGCCAGAUUCGGGGCUCGGGGCCACAGCCGAUACGCCAAGCACCUAUGAGCCACAGUGGGGUGUGCCGUGGCAAUGUAUAGAUCUGGAAGAGAAUGAAAAAGACUGGCUUGUAGUGUCCUCAGGAGCUGCGCUGGCUAUCGGCGGUGACUAUCGCUACAUUAUUGGCCCAUGUGGGUCUACUGACAUGGAGAGCAGACGGUCUGAGGAUGGCCUAUCGGAAGAUAAAGACGAUGGAGACGAUGUUAUCAUAAAUGUGUAAUUAUAUAUAUAUAUACACACACACACAACCUUUUAUCACUGAACCAAUCACAGACUACUGUACACAAAUACAUGGAAAGCAGUAAAAGGCUGAUGUAUUAGCAAGUCCUGAAAAACUGAAGGAAUUUGUGAGAUGUGUAUGAUAUAUAGAACUCUAUUUUAUGGGGUAAAAUAGACAUUUACAAUCAGCUAAUGAAGUAGGCAUAGUUUUCAAAAGUAGAAGAUAUAAAUAAAUGUUUACAAGCAAAUGUGUUAAACAGAAUAAGUUGGUUUAUUAACUUUGUACUAUGAGCACUGAUUUACUGUAUGUAUAAUGUUUCUCAUUAAGGCUGAUGUAUUUCCACUGUCAGAAAUCUCUUGCUUUUACUUUGUGAUGAAAGAGUUUUUACAAUGCCAGUAUUGCAGAGUUUGUACAUCACCACAGGAUUGGUGAUUUUCUGUAUUGUACAAAUGGUGUAUGAUGUAAUAGUCCACAUUACAGUAUUCUGUAUUAAGGGAUAUGAAGGUUAUUUUAAUGUUAAAUUCUGCACCAUUUGUUAAAGAUGAUCCAUUAUUUUAAGUGUCAUUUAUUAUGGCAGAAUAACUCAAUUUUACAUUUUCCUUUACUUCAUUAGUUUAAAUUUAUGUUUGAAUGUUUAGAAAUUGUACCUUUUUAAAAGGGUAGGUCUGUCUUUUUUAAAAUUAACAUUCCUUGUCAGAAAUGGAUACGGCCAUGUUAUGUCAUCAUGCUGUCUAACUGUUUUUCUUGUUUAAUUAGAGGACAUUAGGGCAGAAAAUGACAAAAUACUUUUAUUUCAACUAUGACUGUAUAAAGAUCAAGCUUUGAAUAUGUAACAACGAAAGUGAUAUAUAGACAACAAAUAUCAGAAAGCAAUAAAUAAAUAACUUUCCCUAAACUAUAAUGUAAAUACAGUCUAAAUAAUUCAUUAAAUGGACUAGACACUUUCUCCAGCUGACACACACACAUCUUUCAGGUUCUUUUUGUUUAGUGUUUUAUGGGAAAGUUUUUCAAAACAGUGUUACAAUGGGGCUAGUAUUGGGCUAUCCUCAACUCAAGUGGAGCAUGUUUAUGUUCAACACAGUUAUGAUUUUGAAAAAAAUAAAUAAACAUGAAUUUUAAAGCA